AAAAGCUUAAUAUUUUGAUCGUUUGGCGGUCCUCGUUGUUAAGCUCAGGAACUCCAAGGGAUUUCACAAAAUCACCGCGCCAAUCAUUUUCCUUCUCUCCAGCACAUUGUCUGUGCUGCUAUCGACAAAGAGGAGUCCAUGGGCCAGAGCCAGUCCUCCACUGCGGGGGGGAACAGUGGCGCCCCAGCUAAUGAGGAAAGGAAGACGGAUUACUACGAGCUGCUGGGUUUGGGAAGAACCGCUACAGAAGAAGAGAUCAAAAAGGCUUAUAAGAAAAAGGCACUAGAACACCACCCAGACAGAAACUAUGGUAAUGUAGAGGCUUCCACCGCCAUCUUCGCUGAGAUCCAGGCCGCCUACGAAGUCCUAUCGGACCCCCAGGAGCGUGCCUGGUAUGACUCCCAUCGGGACGCCAUUUUGGCGGGCCACAAUGGCCCCGCGGCUGCGCAGUAUUCCCAUAAUAUCAAAAUGACAACCGCAGACGAUAUAACGCAGCUCAUCAUGAAAUUCAACCCCCGUAUGGAUUUCUCAGAUGCGCCGUCUGGCUUCUUUGGCGGCUUGCGGGAAACUUUUGAGCAACUGGCGGAAGAAGAGGCACUGGCGUGCCAAUGGGGUGACUUGGAACCCGUCGACUACCCCUCAUUCGGCCACAAAGAUGACGAUUAUGACAGCAUCCGCCCGUUUUACUCGAUAUGGAGCGGGUUUGCGACAAAGAAAUCGUUCUCGUGGAAGGAUGUCUAUCGCUACUCGGAAGCACCCGAUAGAAGGGUCCGCAGGCUGAUGGAGAAAGAGAACAAACGACUGAGAGACGAGGGUAUUAGAGAAUUCAACGACGCUGUCCGGUCUCUCGUUGCCUUCGUGAAGAAGCGAGAUCCCCGUUUCAAAGCCACCGUGCAGAAUGAGGCGGAGCGGCAGAAAUCUCUCCGGGAUGCUGCGGCGGCGCAGGCGGCGCGCUCGCGAGCAGCAAAUGAAGCGAAGUUGCACAACCAACAGAUCCCAGAAUGGGCACGGAGUGAAGAGACAGAGGAAGAAAUGUUCAGCAGCAGUAGUGAAUCUGUGAUUGAACAAGACUAUUUCGAGUGUGUCGUCUGUCGAAAAACCUUUAAGAGUGAGAAACAGUUCGACGCGCAUGAGCGGAGUAAGAAGCACAUCAAAGCUGUCAAGCAGCUUCGUUGGGAGAUGAGAGCGGAGGAUAAACACAUUCAGCAACUAAGCACGGAAACGAGAACGGGCACUAGCAGUUCUGGUUCAGUUCAGGAUUCCACCCAAAGAUCCUCGUCCGGCGCCACUACCACCCAGGAAAAUGACGAGCCCAUUCCCUCAGACGCGGAAGAUGAGCUAGAACAUACUACUAAACCAACUCACGAAGACGAUCCAGAUUCCAUAUCGGACCACCACAGCGAUUUAUCAGAAUCAAACAUAAACCAAGCCGAAGCCGAAACGCAAAUUCAAGGACCAGAGGAAGCAGAUGACGAUAACGACACCAGCGAUACAAACGAAGAUUACGCGCCGCGAGCCGUUCUCGAAAACCGCUUCGCCACAGAUACAACUAGUGAGAACGCCAGCCUAACCAUGCUAACAGAAGACAUAUCGAAAACCUCCAUCUCAGCCACGCCCAUGGGUACUAGUAAUAAUGAUGAUGACAACGACGACGAGCCGAAGCAAGCAAAAGUAGGCAGAGCAAAGUUAAAGCGCGCCAAACGCGCCGCUGCGGCGGCGGCUGCAGCUGAAGAAGGGAGGCAGGGCAAGACGUUUACAUGCGCAAAAUGUCACAGCUCGUUCACUUCCAAAACCAAACUAUUUAACCAUAUCAAGGAGCUAAAUCACGCGCAGCCUGUGCCUGCUACUAAAUCUAAUAAUAAACAGGCGAAGAAGAAAGGCGCGAAGCGCUGAUUUGUUGGGGGAGCCGAGGCUGCCUUUUUUUUGGUUUGUUUUAAGAUUUUCGGCUUUCUAUAGGACCUUUGACUGAUUUGGUAGUGGGUUAUAUUGUUUCACUGCGGUUUUAUUCGGUGCAUAGCGUGGGGCGUUUCGUUUUAUUUUGCAAAAAAGGAUUAUGAUUCAUGUACGGAGUACUCUGUACUCUGUACUCCGUACUAGGACGACUGUUCUGUUUUCAUUUUUCAAGAUAGAAUAUUUCAUGUAGAUAUAUAGUUUUAUACUUCGCCAUCUGGCAGCGGGGAACGCCUGCGUACUGUACCUUUUUCCUCACAGCGUUCCUAUUGAGCGAUUACUGCCACUGUUCUUGGCUUCUCGUGCUAGGACUUGGGAUGGUUGCAACACAAGUUAUUUUCAAAAUCAGCACGUCAAGAAACGCGCUUGACGCGUCUUGACGCGGGUUUUUUUAUUCGGUUUUUUGAGUCUAUGAAUAAGUAUAUAGGCAUCUUAGAAAAUAAACGAUUUACUCGAGUCAUACCGGUUUUGCUCUCGCUCCGAUACACCAGUUCGCCCAAUGUCAUAAUCGCAGAGCUCGUCUAUAAAUAUGCUAUAGGCUCCUAAACACCGUACUCAAAACAUACGAACAUAAACAAGAAAAAGAAAAAAGAAAACAAAGAAAGCCCAAUAAGGAAGACCACAUGAAAAAUCACGACCCCUUCAGCCCCCUUCAGCCCAACCCAGCCUUUGAAUUCUUAACCACAUGCACAACAGGGUGUAAAAUCCCCUUGUUAUUAGCAGCCCCCAGCGCCGUCCCACUACUCCACCCCAUCUUCUCCAGCAUCGCACGGCCUUUAUUCUCCGCCCCAAUCUCCGGCGCAGACGCCCCGACAACAUCGCCAUCCAUAUACGAGGUGCCUUUCACACCGCCACCCCGGGACUUGGCAACGGGCUUAGGCCCACCUCGUUGGGAUUUAUCCAUCCUCCGCAUAAAGCGGCUGCUGGAGAAGACUCUAUCGACCUGGUGGACGGCUGCUUGGCCCUCCAAGCUGGGUGUGCGGGAUGUCUUGGUGAGGAUUGGGAAGCGCGAGGUGCCGCUACCGCGCGACAGUGAUUUGAGAGAGAGGAUGUUUGCUAUCUCGUGCACGAGUUUGCGGUUUCGCUUGUCCAUUGGGGGCAGCGAGAGGCUGUUUGGUUUUCAGCCGUUAGUAAUUUUCAGUUAGAAAAACGACUGGAAACUAGAGGGGUAUCGUAUCGUACCUUUGGGAAGACGAUGCCAGGAAGGCCCGGAUUUCCAGUUUAACAUCAUCAAUACUCAUGCCUUCCGUAUACUUCGCCUUCAUAUUUACCUUUCCGGGCUUGGUGUCCAAUAGUCCCUGUGCCCUUAAUUCCUCGCGCUCCUGCUUCCUGGCUUUCUUCUUGUUUCGGUCGUUCUCCCAGGACACCUGCAGCUCAUACGCCAUAUCACUAUCAGACAAGUCGAAGUCAUUCUGAUGUGCAUGGCGGCGGCCUUUUGGUUUCUUCCUUAGACUUGGACGGUCGAAGUCCAUAACAUCGAAGCCACCAUAUGGAUCUUGAUCUAAGGCAUCUGCGAAAGCUGAGGCGGAAGGGAAAUUCCCGUUUCGGUUUCGUCGCUUUUUCGGCUGGGUUGACUUGUAUGGAAACUUUGAUCUGGAGAAGCUUUCGAGGCCAUCAAAUCCGCCAUCUCCGUUGAAAAGUAGGAGGUCAUCGGUGCCUAACCCAAGAGAGUCCUGAGUUUGAAGUAACCGAGCCAUCUGCUCAUCCGUCAAAUCUUGUUUCAUGCCGUCGUCUAAAUCUUGGUCAAUCUCAUCCUCUUCAUUUUCAUCCUCCUCGUCAAGGUCUGAAGAAGAGAGUUUAGAUGCUGCCUCCCGCUGUGAUGCAAUCAAUGCGACAUUUUCCUCGAACCGUUGAAUCAAUUCGGACGCACUAGACAUUAUAAGACGCUCCUUUCGAACCCAACGGGCUUCGUCGGUGCUCUGACCCUUGCCGGUCUUCAAUGUCCGCAGAGCUCCAUGACUUUGUGCUUGAAUGGCCUACUUGUUUUCGAUUCUGAAUUUGAGCCCGACCUACCCCAGCAUCUUCAUCCUCCUCUUCUUCUUCGUCACUCGUGCUAUCGUCCAUCAUAUUUGCGAUAUAAUCAGCCAGGAUCUCCGAAUCAUCAGAAUCCCAGCCCAAUCUUGGCUUUCUGGGUUUUCGUGUGCGAGGACGUUUCUCCUUCCCCUUGAGGCUAAUAAAUUCGGGGGGGUUCGCUAGGUCAUCCAGGACUGGCUCGGAUGUAUAGAUUAUUGCCGGCUCCGAUUCGCUAUCGGACACAGACGCCGGACGUGGAAUAAUGCUGUCCUUAUCAUGAGCGCCAUCACUAUCACCACCACAAUCCGCCGGUAUGGAUGAAUCAUCCCGGAUCGAAGGCCCAAGCUUACGGUUGGGACUAAGAUUCUGGUUCCGGUAAGCUGGAGACUGUUGUAAUCGUCUUCCCCUCCCUGUGAAAACUACCUCGUCUUCACUGGAAUCUGGUUGGGAGGAUAGGUGCAGGUUAAGCUCUAUGGUGUGGUUUUCAGUUUGCAUAUUCUCUGGAGGAUCCUCUCCCUUGCGAUCUAUGAAAAAUAUGUCCUGAUCGCCCAGCAUUGAUUCAACUUUUUCCCCUCCUUCUUCAUCUUCUUCUUCUGCUUCUUCUUUCUUCUCCUCCACAUCCUUCUUGUCCACCAGGGUCGAUGGAUCUGGAUUGGCUGGAGUGCCGUUCGGGGCAUUAUUCGCAUUCCCAUCGUUCGGGACCUCGAGGCUCUCCUGCACCAAAUCGCCAGCACUGACAAAUCUUAUUUCAUUGUAUCGUAGUUUGAGAUUGCUUCUGUGGGCAGUGUAGCGCUCAGUAUCGCGGGCCUCCUGGGCCAUAGUAAACUGUACUUCAUUCUGUUCUUUCGAUGGGGAAACAAAAACAGUCAGCGGGAUAGUUAGGUAGCCGGGCAGUUGUAACACGGAGUAAAGAGCUUACUGAAGCCAAUGUAGGGGACGGUAUUGUUGGCACGAUUGAAUCCGCAUUGAUGCGCGGGGAGGGAUCGGCGUGUUGCCACAACAAAGGCCGGGGAGCCAGGUCUGUAGCCUCCUCCGCCUCUGCCCUUUGUCUUUUUUGACCUGGCCAUGGGGGUCAUAGGAAACGAGGGUACUGCACGGCCACGGUAAGGAGUGGUGGUAGUGUCCUUGUCUGAGUUGUUGACGCUGCAGCCGUUGUUCCUGGCUUCUCCCUCUCAAAAUACUCA